CGGCACUGGGAGUUCUGUACGCCAAGGGUAAGGGGUGUGCAGGGGUAGGGCGGAGGGAGUGCCUAGAACUCGAAGAGCUCAUACUUAUUUUAUUAUUAUUUUUAAAUUUCGUAUUUACUUAUUUAUAAAUUAAAUAACUUCUACCAAGUCACUAUCUGUAAUUGAUAGGAUUUGGCUAAUUCACCAUUUUCAUCGCGUUUUCCGCCCAACAAAGAUGAUCGAUACUGUGAACGGACAAGAUGGAGUGCCCCUUGCCAUGCAGCUUAAGGUCCUCCUGGAGCAGGAGAGCCGCUAUCAGCCCAAGCUGUCUGGCCUGAGGGUCCUGGAGGUGGCACAUGACAGUGGACUGAGGAUGACCUCCAGGCUGCGCGACUUUGAGGUCAAGGACCUGCUGUCCCUCACCCGCUUCUUUGGCUUCAGCGCAGAGACGUUUUCCCUCACUGUCAACUUGCUAGAUCGAUUCCUUGCCCUGAUGAAGAUUCAGCCGAAACACUUGUCCUGUGUUGGACUCUGCUGUUUCUAUAUCGCCGUGAAGUCCACAGAGGAAGAGCGGAAUGUUCCGCUGGCUCACGACCUGAUCCGGAUCAGCCAGAACCGCUUCACGGUCUCCGACAUGAUGCGGAUGGAGAAGAUAAUCCUGGAGAAGCUCUGCUGGAGAGUUAAGGCUCCAACCGCCAUGAACUUCCUGAGGCUCUAUCACUCGUACAUCUUGGAGCAUCUGGACGUGGAAAUAAGAAAAGCUUUAAACAUCGAAAGGCUGGAGGCACAGCUGAAAGCUUGUCACUGUUCCUUUGUCUUCUCGAAAGUGAAGCCCUCUCUGCUAGCGCUGGCUACGCUGGUUCUGGAAGUGCAGGAACAAGGCCUACACAGCACUGCUGACGACCUGCAGUGCCUGCAGCAGCAUUCCAGUAUUAAAGACGGAGACCUGGUGUGCGUGAGGGAACUGGUUGCCAAGUGCCUGAUUGAGUACUCCUCCACCAAGCGCUUUAAACCCAACAGCCAGAAGCUGCGAUGGAUCAUUUCAGGCAGGACUGCUAGGCAACUGAAACACAGCUAUUACAAGAUCGCCCAUCUUCCAACCAUCCCAGAAGCUUCCUGUUAGGCUCCUGUCCUGAAGAGUACCCCUUGGACACCUCCUACUCCAUCCGAUCCCAGCACCUCUAAGAUGCUCUAAGCUAGUAAUUUAUUUUCUUUUUUUCAAACCCACUUUGGAUUAAUGCUUACGUUUGUAUGUUCUCAGUUGAAUCGGUGCCGUGAUCCUCUAGAAGGUCUUGGCACUGGUGAUGGUUCUGAGCAGUGAAGUAUUGUACCACCUAGGUCCUCAGUCCACCAUGUGGAAGAGGAGGGAGAAGGGUUUUGUGAUGUGCAAAAUGGAACCAAGAAAUCGGGCCCAAAACCCUUAACUUCCACCCUAGGUAGUGAACUAUCCUAGUGCACACUCUUACCCAAGGUGUUUUUUUUUUUUUUUUUUUUAAACAUGCCAGCAGCAUAAACAAACUAAGGUAUCUACAGUUUCCAGGAAAUGCAUCCUAAACCUGUGAAAUGAAGUUUAAAAAUUAAGAGCUACAGUUGGUUACUGAUAUGAUGUCAUUUCCGACAUUAAAACUGCACUUUAUUAACGUGUCUCUGAAUUUUAGUUUUCUGAAUUGGAUUCUCCUUAACGGACUACAGAUUGAACAUUAUCUAGAUGUGAAUUUUCCCCAAAUGCAGAAAUAUUUCACCCAGCCAAACUGUGAAGGAUGCCAGUAGUACUUCAUAAUGCAUGUGAACACACCCAGUCUUUAAGGGCUCCCAGAGGGAGUGUGUGUGAUGUUCCAGAGUGCCAGAAUGUGACAAGUAUAUACCUUUCAAUAAAAUGUUAUUGAAAUGCA